UUCAUAUUUUGAAAUCGAAGUAAAUUUCUUACAACUCCAGCCAUUAGGUUUAUUUACCUAUAAUUUGUUAAUUAUUCAUUAACAAAUUAAAUAUUUUGGUCUUUACUCUUCAGAUUUAUUUAUAAAGACAAUAUGUGAAAUACGUACAAUGCGAUUAUAAUAAAUAUUUAUUCUAAAUUUAAAAAGUAGCUGGUGAAAAUGCUGAAUAAUUAGAUUAAGAAUGCAAGCGAUCAAACGCUACGUUGUUCUAUUAUUCCUGACUUUUAUUUUAUUCCUUUAUUGCUUAUAUUUUGUUGGAUAUGAGUUGAGGCCUGAGAGAUCACAGAAUGAUUACUUUAAUAACUUACCAUCGUUUGCCUCCAUUGAUGACCUUACAGAAUCUCCAUCCAAGCUGAAAAGGAAUCCGAAUACAAUGAAAAGGUCGUGUCGAAUGGAGACAUGUUUUGAUUUCUCUAAUUGUGGAAGUGAACCUAAAGUGUAUGUUUAUCCAACUGAUGGGCCUGUAAGUGCAACAUAUAGAAAGGUCCUCUCUGUUAUUCGAGAGUCAAGAUAUGCCACAAAUGAUCCUUCUGAGGCGUGCCUUUUCAUACCUGCUGUUGAUACUUUAGAUGCUGAUCCACUUUCACCUGAACACAUACCAGAUGUAUCUUCACGCUUGGCCAGACUUCCACAUUGGAAAAAUGGUCGUAAUCAUUUAAUUUUUAACCUCUAUGCUGGAACAUGGCCCGAUUAUUCUGAAGAAGCCUUAGGAUUUGAUCCUGGUGAAGCCAUUAUGGCUAGAGCCAGUGCAUCUGAAGCACUAUUUCGUGAAGGUUUUGAUAUCUCUUUGCCUUUAUUUCAUAAAGAACACCCUGAAAGAGGGGGAAUGCCACCAGCUGCUACUGCUAAUCCAUUUCCUGCACCAAAGAGACAUUUACUUGCAUUUAAAGGCAAGCGCUAUGUUCAUGGUAUUGGAAGUGAUACAAGAAAUUCAUUGUGGCAUUUACAUGAUGGUGACAAUCUUAUUUUGGUUACAACAUGCCGGCAUGGAAAAUCAUGGAAAGAUUUAAGAGAUGAAAGAUGUGAUGAAGAUAACAAAGAGUAUGACAAAUUUGACUAUGAGCAAUUAUUAGCAAAUUCGACAUUUUGUCUUGUUGCUAGAGGAAGACGCUUAGGGUCAUAUCGUUUUCUUGAGGCAUUGGCCGCUGGCUGCGUCCCAGUCCUUUUAAGUAAUGGCUGGAGAUUGCCAUUUGAUGAACGUAUUGACUGGCGUCGUGCAGUUAUUUGGGCUGAUGAACGGCUUUUAUUGCAGGUCCCGGAGCUGGUACGCUCUGUACCCCCGGAGCGUAUCCUCGCUCUUCGCCAGCAAACACAAUUAUUAUGGGAACAAUAUUUUUCAUCAAUCGAAAAAAUAGUUUUUACAACUAUCGAGAUACUGCUAGAACGAAUAAUGGCUCAUAGAACUUCUCGUCAAAGGGAGGCUUUAAUUUGGAAUACAUGUCCAGGAGCGUUGGGAACUCUGGCAAACUAUGGUGAUUCACGAGCCCACCUGCCCCUGGGGGUGUCUGCCCCGGAAGCCCCCCUCGCCCCGUCGGCACCCCUCAGCCCCCUCCCCGCGCCCUCUGUCCCCCUUACCGCUCCGCCCCCUACUUCCGGUAAUUCAUUUACAGCAUUACUAUAUGUCCAAGCCACAUCCCCAGCUCUUCACAAGCUGCUCGCUAAUGUUGCCAGCAGCGAAUUCUGUGAAAAGGUAGUUCUAGUGUGGGAUAGUGAACGCGCGGCUCCCUCACUGAAAGCGUUGUCGCGACUCGCUGGCGAUGCUAGAGACCCUCUACCAGUCACCGUUGUUGAUGCCACCACACACUAUCCUGGAGAAGGAGUAUCUGCCAGAUGGCGGCCGCUCUGGGCGAUACCAACAGCUGCGGUGUUUUCCUUGGACGGGGAUGCUCCACUUAUAGCCGAAGAACUGGAUUUUGCUUUUCGUGUUUGGCAAAACUUUCCAGAUCGUAUAGUCGGUUAUCCCGCAAGAAACCACUUUUGGGAUGAAGCUAAGGGCGCGUGGGGCUACAGCAGCAAGUGGGGUGGGUCGUACUCCAUGGUACUGCCGGGCGCAGCCGUGGUGCACCGCGCGGGCCUGGCGCUGUACGCGGCGGCCGCGCCCGCGCUGCGCCUGGCCGUGCGCCGCGCUCACAACUGCGAGGACAUCCUGCUCAACUGUCUGCUGGCGCACCUCACGCGCCGACCGCCGCUCAAGCUGGCGCAGCGCCGCCGCUACAAGACCGCGCAUCACCGAUACAAAUCGUCGUGGAGCGACCCCGAGCACUUUGUUCAGAGGCAGAGCUGUUUGAACACUUUCGCAGCGGCCUGGGGGUACAUGCCCCUCGUUCGCUCGGUACUACGUCUCGACCCCAUACUCUUUAAAGACCCAGUCUCAAAUCUUAGAAAGAAGUACAGAAAAAUGGAAUUAGUCACGUCUUAAGUUAUUAUCAUUUAUGAUCUAAACAUAUUAUUUAUUUUAACUCGUGAAAUGUUACAAUUUGAAUGUUUGUGAAAAUUGCAGAAAAUAUUCAGAUCAUUAUUAAUUCUUAUUCUAGUCUUAGUUAUAUGAAUCUUUAUCGCAAUAAACUUUAUACACCCAG